AUCAAGAAAAAGAGAAAAUAAAGAACGGGUUUUACGACAUGGCCAAUUUUCCUGGCGUUAUUGGUUGUAUCGAUUGUACGCAUAUUCGAAUCCAGGCACCACAUCUAAACGAGAAUUAUUACGUCAAUCGGAAACGCUAUCAUUCUAUUAAUGUUCAAGCAAUUUGCGACGAUCGAGGAAAGUUCAUAAAUCUGGUUGCCCGAUGGCCUGGAAGUGUCCAUGACAGCCAUAUAUUUCGAAUGUCACAGAUACAACAGUUUAUAGAGCAGCAUCACACAUCACUGGAAGAUGGGAUCAUAUUGGGAGAUAGUGGUUACGCCUUAAAACCCUACCUUAUGACACCUUACACAGACCCUACUACAGCAAAGGAAAGAGCAUUUAAUCGGUCUUUGAAGAAAACACGCGUAUUGAUUGAGCAAGUGUUUGGGCGAUGGAAGAGAAGGUUCCACCUACUGCAUUCAGAGAUCAGAAUGGAACCAGAGAAAGUCUGCUUGUUAAUUGGUGCUUGUGCUGUCCUUCAGAAUAUUGCAAUAAUGUUUAAUGAGCCAGAUGAAGAAGAGGAUGUUGAUCUAGAAGAACCAGAUCCAGAGGUUGAACCACAGGUUGGCCAUGACACAGGAAGGCAAAUCAGGGCACAUAUCACAAAUAACUUUUUUUAAUUGAAAUAUGUACCAUGCAUGCAUAUAUGCCACACAACAAUUUACAAUACAUUUUUCCUGAAAUUAUUUCAAUAUUAGAAUUGGGAAAUACAAGAUAAUUAAGCACAUUCUAUAGUAACUUAUAUUAUACACAACAGCACUAGCUGGGGCCCCAAAACAAGAGGUAUGUCUGAAAGAUCUUGCAAUAUUUAUUUAUACAUAUUUGAUUUAUUGGCUGCAGCAAACCUUUCAACAUUAAAUGAUUGACCUAGAACCUAUAAUAAAACUGGUCCCACUGUAACACAAAUGCUGUAAUAAUGAAAUACAAGUAAUAUUCUCAAUAAUGUAAUUAAUUUACUGUGUACACUUAUAGUACACAAUGAUUUCAAGCAAUGUCCAUGUCACCCCCGAUAUAAAUAUUAUAAAUCCCUCAAUCAAAAAUUGCCAUUGCUACUGCCAUUUGCCCUUUCUUUCAACUCCGCUACCUGUAGUUUCAGUCUCUCAUUUUUCAGCAGAAUCAUUUCCUUUUGCACCUUGAGGACUUCGUAUUGCAUCUCAAGGACAACUUGCUGGUUAACCUUUUUUUUCAGCUUUGACUUAUUUUGAGUUGUUUGGGUGCCAACUGGUAGGGGUGUAGGUUUGGUAUGCUGCUCCACAUCAAUUGGACCAUAAACUGGUGUGAAAGAAGGUGGUGGUGUAUUUAAAUCGUCAUCACUGUUAUCAAGUUCACAGCUAUCAGCUUCCCUUUGCACUUGUACAAAACCGUUACUGUUGGUGUAAACUUCAUCGCGCAACAACGUUG